GAGCGGCAGUUCACUCCGGGUCAGACCAGUGAGGCGGACGAGUGAGGGAGGAGAUGACCGGCAGCCCAUGGUGAGGAACUCUCGUCGGGGUUUGUGGACACUGAGCGGCACCAUGAGUUCGUCAUCUUCCUUCAACCUUCACAGCCAACGCAUAACCUAUCUGAAUGAAGAUCAAGACCUCUCGACAGUUCAGAUGUCAAAGGUCAUUCUGAAAAUAAACUUUUGAGGCCAGGUGCUGGAGUUGUGAUCAUCCGAGGUCUACACCAGCCGAGGCGGAGCGCAGCCAGAGGAUACCAGACAUGGAUGCAGCACAGCAGCUCAAACUGAGGGAGAGACAGAGGUUCUUCGAGGAGGUUUUCCAGCACGACGUGGACGUCUACCUGUCUUCCGCUCACCUGAGCAUCCGGGACUACAGACGACCUCCGAUUGGAAGCAUCUCUUCCAUGGAGGUGAACGUGGACCUGCUGGACCAGAUGGAGCUCAUCGACAUUUCUGACCACGAGGCCCUGGACGUCUUCUUCAGUGACGAUGCUGUGCAGAACUCUCCGCUAUCAGGAAACAACAACAACGAGGAGGCCAUCACCAACGGACUUUAUCGGCACGUCCUCGAGCGUCUGGACACCAAGUCCAGAAUCUCCUCCACAUCCUCCAUCACCUCCUACUCUGACAGCCAGGCCACCAACGCAAAUGGAGUAGACGCUGUGGUGGAGUCAGAGGACGAGGACACGCGCACCAGCACCCUCAAACGCAGAGGCAAAGGUUCAGUCACGUCUUCGUAGGUCACACACGACCACUGUGGAAGUUGAGGCUUGUGUAUCAGUCGAUAUUUAUCCCUCCACACUCGCUCCUUUCACUUCCUGGUAUGAGAUAUAGUCGUGUGUCUGGACUAUGAACUGUUUCCUUUUAUCUUGUCAGCUCUGAUUCUGACCUCACUGAUCUUCCUAACUUCACUUCCUGUACAGUACUAACCCAGUGACCAGGGAUGAAAGCGUUAACAGUAAUUCAGCAAUUCUGUUGUGGAAUCCCGGCUGUUUAAACUGAUGACAUGUUUUGAUGGAACAAAUAAAGAAAGUCAAAUGCUCA